AUGAAUCCCCUCAUCGCAAGGAGGCCAUUUCUGAGACACAACCUCGCUACCGUAACAGCAGCUCUUACAUUCACCAACGCCAUGCAUAUCCAGUCGAUUCCCAUGUGGAAGGGUAGUAGCAACAACUACGCCUACCUGGUGAAGGACGACAAGACCAACGACGCCGUCAUCAUUGACCCGGCCAAUCCGCCCGAAGUCGCCCCGGUGCUGGAGAAGGCUCUGAAGAACAACGAGAUCAACCUCACCGCCAUCGUCAACACGCACCACCACUGGGACCACGCAGGUGGCAACAAGAAGCUGCGUCAGGAGCUGAAGAAGCCCGACCUGGCCAUCAUCGGCGGCAAGGACUGCGAGGCCGUGACGAAAACACCCGGUGACGGCGAGUCGUUCAAGAUUGGCAGCAUCGCGGUCAAGGCGCUCUACACGCCGUGCCACACGCAGGACAGCAUCUGCUGGUUCAUGCAGGACGGGGAGCAGAAGGUCGUCUUCACGGGCGACACGCUCUUCCACAGCGGCUGCGGCAAGUUCUUCGAGGGGACCCCGGAGGAGAUGCACAAGGCGCUGAACAAGACGUUGGCCGCGUUGCCCGACGACACGGUUGUCUUUCCCGGCCACGAGUACACCAAGUCCAACGUCAAGUUCGCCGCGUCGGUGCUGCAGAACGAGGCCAUCCUGAAGCUGCAAAAGUUCGCUGAGAACAACGAGGAGACGCAGGGCAAGUUCACCAUUGGCGAUGAAAAGAAGCACAAUGUCUUUAUGCGUGUGGAUGACCCCGAGAUCCACAAGGUUACGGGAGAGCAGGAGCCCGUCGCCGUCAUGGCCAAGCUGCGCGAGAUGAAGAACAACUUCAAGUGA